AUGCCUCGUGAACAUCGCUAUCGUUGCUCUUUGUGUGAAAAGCAGAUUCGUGAUGGUAUUCGUAAAUACUUCACAGUUGAAUCUCUGCUUUUACGGGUCUAUAUCGCUGCUAAUAGUGGAAAGCGCGUUGGUUUUGACGACUUCAUUUGUGGAUCCUGUCGAAGACAGUACGAUCGAUGGCAUGAGUCGAUGGAAGAUGAUUUCGACUGUAUUGAUGCAUCAAUAGUUGAUGAUGCCGAUCAGGUGGACGAAGAGUGUAUGGUAAGUUCAUAA